UCAUUGACAAAACGCAAACCACGAGUACGAUUGGUAGAAUGAUGGACGAAAUGUGCACAUGACACGCACUGAUCGCGGUCUGUCACACUUGUAAUCGCGACCACAGUUGGGUGUAUGAAGGGAUUGGAGUGGAUUGAAUUGCAAAUGAAAUUCGGCAAAAUCGUGCACGGGGACGUUAUCAAUCAAGCACUCAAUUGCUGCAUGCGGUGGUGGUGGUGGUGCUGGACUGUGGAAACAUUAACAAAAGACCGGCCCGGGAACUUCGCUUAGUUGUAUUGGCAAUCGCAGCGUGGUGUUUGUCGUGGCUCUGCUUGAUCUUUGGAAAAGAAGACGUGAAGUAAGGUUCAGUGUAACUUCUCGGUACACCGUUCGUUGUUGUGCGAGUUACGGGGAAAGAAAACAAUGAUGAACUCGCCACCUACUCAGGUCCCACCGACCAGCGUGCUGUACAAGCUGGACAAGGUUGCGUACAGCACCCCGCCACCGGUCAGCUCGGACCCGGCCAACAACGAGUGCAAGCUGAUCGAGUACCGGGGGGCCAAGGUGGCUAGCUUUACCAUCGCCGGCGAUGUCAUGAUCUGUCUGCCCCAGGCCUUCGACUUGUUCCUCCGGCAUCUGGUGGGCGGCCUGCACACGGUCUACACCAAGCUGAAGCGGCUCAACAUCAUCCCCGUGGUCUGUAACGUGGAGCAAGUCCGCAUCUUGCGGGGCUUAGGCGCCAUCCAGCCCGGAGUCAAUCGCUGUAAACUGCUGACCAGGAAAGAAUUCGACAUCCUCUACGAAGACUGCACCACAGCAAGUAGUCGGCCGGGCAGACCUCCUAAGCGCAGCCUGCCCAUGUCCCUGUCACAGACGGUUCACAUGCUACACGGCCUCGGACAUGGAGACCCACUCAAGAAGCCCAAGAUUGAAAAUGGAUUAGCUGGUCUGAAGGCACCUCUACCAUUCAAUGGGUAUGACAGCCUGAUGGCAGGGGCGUCACCCUACUUGCUGACUACCCACCCAGCCCUUGUUUCCAGCGGCUCAUACCCUGGUCACCACAUCUCCUCCCCAUCGAUCUACACCAAUGGCAGCUUCAUCGGGGGUGCCGCCUCCCUCCAGAACAGUCUGGGAAGUCCCAACAGCAAGUCGUCGUCAGGCGGGAGUGGGGACCACCCGGGGACGGACAACGAGAGCAUCUCACCUCGGACUGACCACUCCUCGGGUGGUGGCGGUGGGGGGCCGGGCUCCCGCGAGCUGGCGUCUCCGCCCGUCGACAGUGACUUUAACGGUGAGGAAAAGGAGGUGGAUAGGAAGCACCAGCAAGCUAUGGCCGCUAUGGAGCAAAGCUUAGCAGCCCAUGCCAGGGAUGACGUCCCAACGAACUCGCCAACUGGUCACACCAACAACCAUUCCAAGACGUCACACAUGAAUGGCCUACUGGCUGUGGACGUGUCCAGUUCCAGAUCCUCGUCACAUUGCCAGGAUUCACCCGAGCGGGAGCGGUCAGUCCAGCCCAGCUCCCAUUCCACGCCCCAUCCGCACCCCCACCCACACCCCCACCUGCACCACAACCCCCACUCCCUGAGCAACUCCCUGGGCCUGUCCCUGGACCACAGCACAGCAUCGGCUGCCGCCAAGGAGAUGUUCCCUCCCCAGGGGCCCUCGUCCAUUGAGACACUGCUCACCAACAUCCAGGGGCUGCUGAAGGUGGCGGCCGACAAUGCCCGCCAACAGGAGAAGCACAUCAACUUGGAGAGAGCCGAGUUGAGACUUGAGCUGCUCAGAGAACGAGAAAUGAGAGAGUCUUUGGAGAAGCAACUUAUGGGCGAGCAGAAGAGAUUGGCCAUCAUCCUGAAACGACUGAAGAAAGAGAAGAAAGCUCGAAGACGCCUGCAGGAGCAGCUGGAGCUAAGCCACAGCAAGAGACACAGUGUGUCUGGGGAGACUGAGGCUGCAGCUAUCGCCAGGCAGAACUCCACCGAGUCACUGCGAGCACUCAACGGUGAGUGUGCAGACUCCCUCUCGCACGAGUUGGAGAAGGAACGUAUGGCGAGAAGCGAAUCGGAUAAGAAGUCGGCAGCCUCCGACAGCAGUCCAAUGUCCUUCAGCCCUCCACCACCGACCCAACCGCAAUUCCAACAGGACCAAGCAUAUUAUCGUUGGCAAGAAGUGGAAGAUGGACGCAUGAAACGUCUGGACUACUAAAAUAUUGCUGUAGGCUGCAAAAGCUGUAACAAUAUGCAAAACACAAGAUGCUCAUCUGUAUUAUAAGCACGCGGCAAUGUUCUCCGCCUAACCAAGUAGUCUGGUCUCCAUUGUGGAUUUCCUCUCGUCUCAUUAGUCUCUGGGGGAAUCAGUCUGCUAGCUUUGGAUAAUUUAGCUCCAGUGUGCAAUGCAAGUUGGUCUGGAACCCAGAGCCCAGGAGAGUCAACUUGGGAGGACAUUACUUAUGUAUCCAAGUUGGUCUUUUGCAUCUCAUGUCGCAUGUGUCAAAGUUAAAUGGAAAGCCAUUACUCAAGUAAGCUCAGAGUAAAGAAAAAUCCCCUGGCCGUAGAUGCAGAGACUAUCAGUGUAAGCUUCAAUUUGUGGAUUUUAAAUGUUUGUGUUUGGAUAUUUAGUGAUGGGUCCCAAUGAAGAUUUGGAGUUUGUGCAAGUGUACAGAAUUUAAAAAAAAAAGGAAACUACAAUUUCCUCAGAUGGGGACCUUUGCAUGUCGGGCCAUGUAGCCAUCUAAUUUUUUAUUUAUUCUAGUGGAUGCCAAACUGCUCGUGAGGAAAGCAGCAUUUUUAAUGAAAGGAGUGUAUAGUUUUCAGUUUUCAUAAUUUAUAGUUGUGAGUGUAAUGUGAUUUAUUUUAUUAAUACGUGGGACGCUUGUAAGUAAAUGAUGAAUGACAAUCAGAAGGAAUAGGACCAGUCUUACAUUACAUACAUUCCCAGUGGAGUCUAGCGGCAUUUCAGGAUGGAUCCCUGACUUCAAUGUGUUAAGCAUCUUGUGUAAGUAUUAAUCAAAACUUAUUGGUAUUAAGACAGUGUAGAUAGAUCGUUGACGUCUAAUAGUCCACAUCCCAGUAAUACAUCACGAUUUUUGUUAAUUAAUGUUUUUAUUCUUAAACACUCAGGGUCUUUUAAUGCUUUCUCCCCUUGUUUUUUAUCUAUGCACACAUAGACACAAAUAACGUAGGUAUAAAAUGUGGAUGUGAUAAAGUGGACCAAAAAUAAAAACCAAGUUCUAAAUAAGUUUACUUGCCAGCACUUACAGAUUUCAAAUAGAACAUUUGUAGGGAAAAAGUAAAUUGAAUCCGGCAUACCGGUAUAUGUACAUGUACUUCAGAGAAAGACAGACGGUCAGAAGACAUUUCAUUGGGCGGUAGUUGGCAGUGUCUGGUCAAAACUUUGUUAACUGAAGAUGUCUCCUGAAAUCUGAGAAAUUCCCACGAAGCUUCGGUAUAUGAAAAAUGUAGUCACAAUGAGCAAUGCUACGUACGUCAGAGGAUGCUGAUUGCAUAAUGAAGUGUUUUUGCUCAUUGUGCAUGUCGUGGUAGAUUGUAAUUAUUGCUGAAAUUUGAUGAAAUUGUACUUUUUUGUGGGAUAUCGUAACAGUUAACAAGUGAAAGCACAAAUGCACGUCAAGAUGAACAGACACUGGCCUCUUUAUGCCUUUGAAGUCUUACAGAGUGACCAACUGUUGGUGAAAAUGAAAAUCCAAGUCAAACCCCUCCCUUCAGAAAAAGAAUGGCUUGAUGGCAAACAGCCAUGAAAAUGCGAUCUGCAGAUUUGUGGUCUGAAAUGGAGCCCAUGAAUCCUUUGAAGUAUACACAAAAAAUGGAUGACGUUUAAAAAAAACCAAAAAAAACAUCCAGGCUGCUGACUGGGAUAAGUACAUAGCCUGGUGUGACAAUGGACAAAGUUAUGUCCCCACUCCCUCUGCAGUCUGCCAAAUGAAGCCUGUCUGCCAGACAGUUUUCGUAAUUAGCAGACGUCAAGCCAGACUAUUGGACAGUACACCAAGCCCCAUCUUGAAUUGCCAUGUGUAGUUGCUGCAGGCUUCACUUCAACAGUUUCAUUUGUAUUUGUAUUCAUAAAGAUUGCUUUUUAUAUCAAAAUUGUAUUGUGUACAUUAGCGUCAUAAAAGUGAAGCCAAAUUGCAGCAUUGUUGAUUUAGUUGAUCAGGAAUCAAACAUUAAUUUAGGAAUGUAACUUUUGAUUCAUUUGUAAAGCAUGUUACCCUGUAACUUGAUGCAACAUUGAAACUGAAAUGGGUCCAGUCUGACAAGAAGUCUCUCGCACUUAAUAUGGAUGGAGUCUCUGGGAAUUAUCACAGUAAAUGUUUGGGAAUUCUGCAUAGUUUCUAUCUGGUUUCUACGAUUGUGCAAAGUUAGGUUUCAAGAAUUUUCACAUUUGAUCAUGGAAAUGAUCCUGAAUAGGCCAUUGAAUGUUACCAUAUCAUGUUCUCUUGGAUUUCCGACUAAUCAACCUCAAAUUUUCACACCGAACUUGGAAAUUCCACAUUUGAAUUUUCUGUAUUGUUGGAAAAAUUCAGGAAGAGCCACGGCAUACAUGUAAAUACCCAUCUGUGUGCUUGGGUAUCAUAUUUUCCACAACAGAGGAAUUUCCUGAGGUGAGUGUGGAAAAGAUACAGGAAAGGUCAUGGGAAUCCUUCACUUCCAUUUUGGACGUGUCUUCGGUGCUGUUCACAAUCAGAUUUCUCUGAUCAAAUAGUGGAAAUUUCUUGGGUCAGGAUGAUUCAAAGUAGACUUUGUGGUAAUUAUUCUGUCUGUCAUGUUUUUAUUUCAGAGUCAUAUACAGUAGUCACUGCCAAUAAUUUCAGUUCUUCUUGAAAAAUGAUGCUCUGAAGCUUGAUUUCUUGUUGAAUACAUUUUUAGUGCAAACAUGAAGUUUGUAGCAUCAUUGACUAUUGAGAUCAACUUGAACAAAAUAAUUUCCAGAAGUUAGAAACAAUCCUUUACAUUUGUCUGGUAUAUGCUUGCUUUUCAGGUUGGGUUGAUAAAAGAUUGUGGGUUUCUCUUUCUCACAAUGGCGCAUGUGUGCUAAAUUUGUUUGGUUACCAGGGUAACAUACACAUGAAUUAAUAGAAAUGAGUCUAGUGAUGUCUUAAUAAUGUACAUAAUUUCCACUGGAUACCACUUAUUCUUUGAUGAAAUUUUGUGCCAAAAUUAUUACAUAAAAUCUCUGUGAAUCUUUGAUAUGAUGAAAGAUGUUGGAAAACAUCUGUUAAAAACAUUUCCAUGAAAUUCUACAAUAGUUCACUUUUCAAAAAUAAUGACGGCGUCAACCCACCUUGAUACAUUUGAUACAAGAUAUGUGGCGAAGGAAGACCCUCCCUCUAUUGUGUCCUUAUGUAGACGGAAUCUUUGGAAUUCCUUUCAGAUUUUCGGGGGGGGGGAUAAAGUAGGUACAAUAGCCUUACCUAUAGCUUGUGCAUCACAUUGGGAGUCCCCCUUUGCCACAUUACAUGUAUCAUGCUGGGUACACCUUGAUGAGUUGAGGUCAUAGCGCCUCAGUUUUCAACGAAAGUUUUUGAUGUUUACUUCUGUUUUGGCUAUGCGGGUUUGAUUUCUCUCCAUAGGUUGUCUUGAUGCAAGACCCUCUUUUCCUGGAAACAGUUGGUAAUUGUUCAGGCAAUAACCCCCUGUUCCGGUUUUAAUAUUAAUCUUUUGGUGAUUGAUCAAAUUCUUGUCGAAUUCUUGUCUUGUUGCAUUUAUCUUAAUCUUCAAUGUUUUCUCCAACAUCUUGAUGACUUAUUCCUUAAUAUAUAUACAAGACAUUGACAUGUAAAUACGGAUAGCUAGAUGGCUUACCGAUGUACAUAAAAAAGUCAGCAAUGUAAGAAAAACUUUUUUAAAGGAACUUAAUGCCAGAUGUUGCAUGAGUUCUGGUACAUAAAAGUGUGGUGAUCCCUAGUUUGAUUUUUUCCCUCCAAUCUUUUUCUUGUAAAUUAAAAAAAAUUGACAAUUUGUAUUUUUGAAUGUCUUUCUUGUAGUUAGAAGCAGUGUGCAUGGAUCAUUUCAGAUUCUGUAGGUUUGAAUGUGUGUGUGUGUUCUUGUAGGAUCAUUUCUAGUUGCAAUCACUUGUAAUAUCAGUCUUUGAUUUUCAUUUUUGUUAGUUUUAAGACUUGUACAGAAUUGAUGUUUGAGUAAUGAGGUCCCACCAUUUUGUUAGUAACAGGUUAACCUGUCGUCAUUUGAGCACCGUUUCUUAAAGAGAAGUGAUAAGUUGCAAUAUGGAUAAAUUUGGCCCUGUGUAAGGUUUUUUUAAUUUAAUUGUCAUACAAACAUGUCCUUCAUGAAUAAAAAUUGAAUCUAUUACUGGUUCAAUUCCAAUUAUAAAAACUGCUUGUGAAAUCAUUUUCAGAAAAUUGCAAAUCAUGCCACUUUUUGUCAUAAAAAAAGUCAAUUUAAGAGCGACAGAAGUUUACAUUAUCAGGGUCAACUCUAAAUUUUGCACGACACAUUCAGAUUUGCUGACAAUGUAUUUUCCUUUUCUCAAGUGGCCUUUUGCGUGGUUUUGAUUUUAGCUCCAGUCAAGUAGUUGGAAAAAAAAACCAAGUUAGUAAGUUAUUUACCUUAAACCUAGACAUGUUUUAAUGAUGUUUGUCUGAAUGGAGGCCAGUGGACCCCCCCUCACCUGUUUGGAACUGAGUACACAUUAUUUUACUGCCAUUUUCAAACAUUCUUCUUUCACUGUGUUUGGCAUCAACUCGUGUAAUUUAUACAUUCAACAAAGUGGUAUUGCAAUAAAAUAAAAAACUUUGUAUUUUGA